CAAGAUAGUAGAUUUCAAGCUAACUAUAUUAAUAAUCACCUUAAGUACAAAUGGAAGAACUACCAAUAUGUAUUGGCCUUUCUCUUUGCCAUUGAGGAGAUCAAUAAGAGCCCCCAUUUGCUCCCUAACCUUUCCCUGGGUUAUGAUCUCUACAAUGCUUUUCCCAGUAACAGAAGAACUUUACAAAAUGCUGUGUUUUUGCUCUCUGGAGGGAAUGAGACUCUGCCAAACUACAACUGCCAGACACAGAAACAACUUGUUGCUAUCAUUGCAGGAAACAUGCCAACAUUUUCAGCCCAAAUUGGAACCAUUUUGGAACUCUCUAAAAUCCCACAGGUCACAUACGGUCCUUUUGACCCCACCUUAAGUGAUAAAGACCAAUUUACAUCAGUUUAUCAGAUGGCCACCAAGGACAGCUCUCUGACUCAUGGAAUCAUCUGCUUGUUGCUGCAUUUUGGCCGGACAUGGGUGGCGCUCUAUGUAUCUGAUGAUAUGCUUCAUCCAUUUCUGAGGAAAAGCCAAGUGGUAAACAGCAUUGGGUACAACAUGUCCCUGGAUGAAGAAAGAAAUAUGAUGCAGUAUGAUAUCCACAACCUUGUGAGAUUUCCUAAUCACAGUUGGUUGCUUGUUAAAGUAGGAGACUUUAUCUACAGGAAUUCCCAGGAUCAAGGUUUGGUCAUUAAAGAAGAGAUGAUAAACUGGUCUGUUAGUUUCAAAGAGCCUCUCAGCUUUAUUCUGCUCAUCUCCCUCCUGCUAUGCUUCCUCUGCUCCUUGCUCUUCAUUGGCCAUCCUAAUGCAGCCACCUGUGUCCUCCAACAAGUCACAUUUGGCCUUGUGUUCACUGUGGUUGUUUCCACUGUUUUGGCCAAAACCAUUACUGUGAUUUUGUCAUUCAAAGCCAUGAAGCCUGGAAGAACAAUGAGGUGCUUGCUGCUCUCAGGAGCUUUUAACUCAAUCAUUCCCAUUUGUUCCCUGAUCCAAAUGAUUAUCUGUGGAAUCUGGUUGGGAACCUCUCCUCCUUUCAUUGACAUAGACUCACACUCUGAGUCCAGAAAUCUCAUCAUCGUAUGCAACAAGGGCUCAGUCACUGCCUUCUACUGUGUCCUGGGCUACCUGGGCUUCUUGGCUCUGGGGAGCUUCACUGUGGCUUUCCUGGCCAGGAACCUGCCUGACACAUUCAAUGAAGCCAAGUUCCUCACGUUCAGCAUGCUGGUGUUCUGCAGUGUCUGGGUUACAUUUGUCCCUGUCUAUCACAGCACCAAGGAGAAGUCCAUGGUGGCGUCCUCCAGUGCAGGGGUCCUAGUCUGCAUCUUUUUGCCCAAGUGCUACAUUAUUCUGAUAAGGCCUGAUGAGAACUCCUGGAAAGCUUUAAAAAAUAGAAGGGGUUCCAAAUAA